AUGGUCGGACUAGGCCCCAAGAAGCCGCCUUCACGCAAGGGCACAGGCUCCCUGGCAGAUGUCCCCAAGGAUCUCCUCAAGGAGAUUGAGCAGCUGGAGCGCCUGCUCACCGUCGACUCAGCCAAGCUCAAGCAAAUCACCGACCACUUCGUCAAGGAGCUCGAGAAGGGUCUCAGCGUGGAGGGAGGUAGCAUCCCUAUGAACCCGACGUGGGUCAUGUCGUUCCCGGAUGGCUACGAGACUGGCACUUUUCUCGCCCUUGACAUGGGUGGCACCAACCUUCGUGUCUGCGAGAUCACCCUGACCGACCAGAAAUCCGAGUUUGACAUCAUCCAGUCCAAGUACCGCAUGCCUGAGGAGCUCAAGACAGGCGAUUCUGAGGAGCUCUGGGAGUACAUCGCAGACUGUCUCCACCAGUUCAUUGAGACGCACCACGGCGAGGCCAACCACCCCGAGAAACUGCCUCUCGGUUUUACCUUUUCCUACCCCGCGACUCAGAACUACAUCGACGAGGGCAUUCUGCAGCGCUGGACCAAGGGCUUUGACAUCGCGGGCGUCGAGGGUAAGAACGUCGUGCCCAUGUUUGAAGAGGCCCUGAAGCGCCGUGGUGUUCCCAUCAAGCUCUCGGCCUUGAUCAACGAUACCACCGGUACCCUGAUCGCCUCGGCCUACACUGACACCAAGAUGAAAAUUGGCUGCAUCUUUGGCACCGGCUGCAACGCCGCCUACAUGGAGGACUGUGGUUCCAUCCCCAAGCUGGCCCACAUGAACCUGCCCCCCGACACCCCCAUGGCCAUCAACUGCGAGUGGGGCGCGUUCGACAACGAGCACAAGGUCCUGCCGCGUACCCCCUACGACAUUAUCAUCGACAAGGACUCGCCGCGUCCGGGCCAGCAGGCCUUUGAGAAGAUGAUUGCCGGCCUGUACCUCGGUGAGAUCUUCCGCCUGAUCAUGGUCGACCUGCACGACAACCACGAGACCCACAUCUUCGAGGGCCAGGACAUCGAGCGGCUCCGUAAGCCGUACUCGCUGGAUUCGUCCUUCCUCUCUGCCAUUGAGGAUGACCCCUUUGAGAACCUGCAGGAGACGUUUGACCUGUUCCAGCACAAGCUGGGCGUCAGCCCCAACCUGCCCGAGCUCGAGCUCAUCCGCAAGACGGCCGAGCUCAUCGGCACGCGCGCGGCCCGCCUGUCGGCCUGCGGCGUCGCCGCCAUCUGCAAGAAGAAGGGCUACGAGAGCUGCCACGUCGGCGCCGACGGCUCCGUCUUCAACAAGUACCCGCACUUCAAGGCCCGCGGCGCCCAGGCCCUGCGCGAGAUCCUCGACUGGCCCGAGAAGAAGAGCAAGAAGGAGGAGGACCCGAUCGAGAUCCUGGCCGCCGAAGACGGUAGUGGUGUCGGAGCUGCCCUCAUCGCCGCGCUCACCCUCAAGCGCGUCAAGCAGGGCAACAUGCACGGCAUCCUGCACCCCGAGAACUUCAAAUAG